ACUGAGCACCAAACUUUUAUAAACUUGAUUGAAACUACACAAAAAACACAUUCAUAUGUUCAGUUUGGUGUAUAUGUUGAAAACUAUGCUAAGAAAUUAAAAUGGUAUGAAGUUUUAAACAGUAUAUUAUAUGAACCAUUAGAAUUAGUUAAUGCAAAAACGCGAAUAUUAAAUUUACAAUUUAUGAAUGUAAAUGAAACCGUACAGACAAUUAGCAAAGCAUUCUCAAAAGUAGCAUUAAGUUCGAAUGACUUAUUACUCUCUGGCAUUCUUGAUAUAGAAUCUUUGAACACCUUAAAUUCACCUAUUAAAGAAGCCUUACGUACAAAAAAAUUAUGGUCUGCCGUUAAAGAAGAUUUAAAGAUUAAACCAUUACCUGAAGGCUUAAAAGAAUUUAUUAUUAAUUAUGUUAAUACUAAUAAUGCCUCAAUAUCAGCUCCAUUUGACAAUAAUUUACUUUAUAAAACUUGUAGCUUGAUUGAUGCAAUAAAAAAAUUAUGGAGAAUACCAAAGCUGCAAUCAUGCUUUGCUAAAUAUAAUGAAUCUUCAUGGAGCCACAAUGUUUUACAACCAAUAGUAAAUUUUAUUACAGAUUACAAGGAGGCAGACCUUUGUAUUAGAUGGGAUUCGGUUCAAAGCAAAGCAAGCUUAGAACGAAAUAACUCAAUAGGUCCAAUAAAAAAACCUGAUAUUUAUGGAAUAAUUGAAAGUGAAACUCACUCUGAUCUUGAACUUUUAUUGGGUGAAAUAUCAAAUGGGCCAUUCAAUAAAUCCCCUGAAGCUCAAAAGCACAUGAAGGAAGAUAAAAUCAAAUUAUCAAAAUGUGGCAAAGAUGCACUAGAUUACAUAAUGAGAAAAUACAUGAAAUCACAAAGCAAUAAUUUGGAAAAACUUAAUGUUUUUUUACUACAUGCACAUGGAACGUUUCUGGAAUUUUUUAUCAUUGAUAAAAAAAUAGCACCAUUUUCACGUUUAAGAAAACUAGAAACUCUUGAAAUUCCAUUUAAUUAA